UAUUUUACACGCAGGGAUGGAAGUUGGCUGUGAUGUCUGAGUGCGAGAGGCUUGGAGCACAAGUCUGAGCGAGCUUGAGGAAAAGCAUAAACACACAUGCACAGACGCUGGGAUCUCUUCACUGCCAGACCAGGGACUCGGGCAGUGUUUGUCGCCGUUUAAGAGCAAGGAUAGCCACACAUCGCAGCGUGUUUCUUUUUUUCAGACGUCUGUGAUUGACCUGAAGUAGUGACCGGUAGUGACCGGUUCGCACCCGAAAGGGAAGAGACGGUCUGAGUUGGGCUGCGCGCUCCUGUGUGCAGUGCUCGACGGUGACGCGCGUUUGUUACUCUGUGUGCUGGCAGAGGGGGUCAGUUUCAGUGAGCGGCAGUUUUUAGGGAGAUGGAGUCCAUUGUCUAGCUGGUUGACGAGAUGAAGUUACACCGGCAAGAGCUGAGCUGAUCUGACUCAGCUAUUUCACACACAUACUGACACUGAAAAGCUGGGACAGGGGAGAAGGGCAAGACAGGGAAAUUUGGAGGUUCCCUGCGUUGGUGGAUGUACUGAUGGUUGGAUUGGGGUGUCAGAAUACCACCAAAAGGGCACAAUGUGGCAAAUGAAUGAAGACCGCAUUGACUUGGAUGUGUAGCUCCUUACAGUAGGAUCCCAGAGCAAGAGAUUCUGCACAGGAAAAUCAUAUCUGGCUAAGGAACAUCUGGCUUGUAAGACAGAGGAUGCCGGAGAGAGUACAGGUGUUUAAGGGACAGCGUUAUCACCAGCUGAAGCGCCGCUGUCUCCACAGGGGGGUACUUUUCCAGGACCCCCUGUUCCCCCCCUGUGCCGAAUCCCUCUUCUACCGCCGGGCACCGCCCACCGGGAUCACCUGGAAACGACCGAGGGAGCUGUGUAAGGACCCCAGACUCUUUGUGGAUGGGAUUAGCUCCCGGGACUUGCACCAGGGCAGCCUGGGUAACUGCUGGAUGGUGGCCGCCACUUCCUGUCUGGCGACUGAGCCCUCGCUGUGGAAGAAGGUGAUCCCAGGGCACUGCGAACAGGAGUGGAACCCCAAGCGACCAGACCUCUACGCCGGGAUCUUCCACUUCCGAUUCUGGCGCCUGGGCGUGUGGACGGACGUGGUGAUCGAUGACCGGCUGCCCGUUGGGCCGGACGGCCAGCUCCUGUUCUGCCGCUCCACCAACCCCCGCGAGUUCUGGAGCGCCCUGCUGGAGAAGGCCUAUGCCAAGCUGAACGGGUGCUACGAGGCCCUGGAGGGGGGCAACACGGCCGAGGCGCUGGUGGACUUCACGGGAGGGGUAUCGGAGCCGCUCUGUCUGGACCGGGUCGGGCUGGCCCAGCACCCCGACCAGAGGAGGGCCUUGUACCAGACCCUGAGCCGGGUGCACAGCCGGGGGGGAGCCCUCAUCACCUGCUCCAUCCGGCCUGGCGAGGGGGAAGGCGUGGAGUCGGUGCUGGACUGCGGGCUGGUGAAGGGCCACGCCUAUGGGGUGACCGCCGUGCGAAAAGUGAGGGUGGGCAGUGGACUGCUAGCCCUCUUCAAGAAGUCCCGUUUGCACAUGAUCCGAAUGAGGAACCCCUGGGGUACUGCGGACUGGACUGGGGCCUGGAGCCAUGGGUCUCCACAGUGGCAGCAGGUGAGCCGCAGUGAGAGAGAGAAGAUGGGCGUCACCGUAAGAGAUGACGGAGAGUUCUGGAUGGAGUUCGAUGACUUCUGCCGCUUCUUCACGGACGUGGUGGUGUGCCGGCGGAUGGAGCGCGCCUUACUGUGCCCGCGGCCCAGGUGGCGGGAGGCGCGGCGCUACGGGGAGUGGUCAGAGGGGCGCUGUGGGGGCUGCGUCAACCACCGAGACAGCUUCCUGCACAACCCGCAGUUCAUGUUGGAGCUGCAGAGGGAGAGGGACGAGGUUCUCAUCUGCCUGCAGCAGGAGGACAAGAGGGCGCGGAGGAGAGAGGGAGCGGGAGAGAACCUGCCCAUCGGCUUCGAAGUGCUGAGGGUGGAGGCGAACCGGCAGAGCCGAGUGCAGCGCGUGGGUGAGCAAGCGGCCAGCUCCGUCUACAUGGACUCCCGCAGCGUCUUCCUGCGCACGGAGCUCUCGCAGGGCCGCUACGUCAUCGUCCCCACGACCUUUAACCCCGGGGGCGCCGGGCGCUUCCUGCUGCGCGUCUUCACCGAGACCCACGUCGGCCUCAGGGAGCUGAAAGAGGACCUGCCCAACCCCUCCACAUGGAGCUGCUGUGUGCCAGCCUCCUGUCGUGUCACCGCGGUGACCCUGCGGCAGGCCAGCAAGCUGGGGCUUCCUCACUGCAGAGCCCCGGACGUGUACGCCGUGAUGCGAUGCGAGGGGAGCGCGGUGCGCUCACGCGUCUUCAGGGCCACCAGCAAUCCCCAGUUCAACCUCAGAGCCAUCUUCUACCGGAGGAACCCCGAGAGACACGUCAAGAUCGAGAUCUGGGCCAGGGGCUUGCUGAUGGACACGCUGUUGGGACGGGUGCGCCUCCCAGCCUGGGAAAAUGAGAAGGAGAAGAGCUGGGUGAUUGACCUGCAGGACGGGCAAUCAAGACCCGGAGUCAGGAGUUGCAUCCACGUAGAUACUGCCUCCAGUGACUGCCUGACUGACCUGUGAGUGCCGCCUAGUGGCCACUGAUGUGAACUGCAGCCAGGGGGACCAGAGAUCAGGAAGUACAGGCCAGUACCAUCGGCAGACAUCCCUGGAACACUGAAGGGUUCACUGCAGGAAGAGCUAAAACUACACAGUACAGCUGACUGGUAUAAUGGCUAAAUACGUGUAGUAUGGAACAUCACAGUAAGAGCACUAACAGGCAGUAAAUAAUGAAGGCAGGAGCUUGGAUUUUUAUCUUGCCCUAAUCUGAAAAAUGGCUGCUCUCACAGCACAGUGCCACGUCCCUCCUUACUUGUGCAUUAUUGCACAAUCUGUAAUCAUAGGAGCAAGGAAGGGCAAAAGACAGGGAGCACCACCUACUACAACCAUACAACCAUAACCAUAAGUCUACAACCAUAACGACUGCAGUCUGGAGCAACCAAAUUUUCCUUGCCAGUACUGAACGGACCCAGCCCUGUUGAGCAGAUCCAUACGUGCAGCAGGUGCAGUCCAGGUGCUUGGAUUUGAUCCUCAAGCCCCAGAGUCACACUUUUACAAAUGGCUCCACUUCUGCCAAACCUCAAGCCUGAUGAGGUGUUUCUUGGAACGGCGGAAGGUUUGGAAAGCCUUUCCAGCACAAGGGGGUUAUGACACUGUAACGGACUCUGUGUAAAGAACGAACUCUGCCACAGACAGAUGAGGGUAUAGUGUGUGUAGUGUUUCUAUGGCAGCCUGGACAAGGUGGUACAGCACACUGCAGCCAGGCUCCGCUAGGUUCUAGCGCCCUCUGCUGGCUAGAACUGCGCAGCACACUCUUCACCUCCCAGCACAUCUGGAUGUGCUUUCAAAUGCAAGUAAUUUUCGAACUCGUAAAAGUAGGAUAUUGUUCUUUAUCUUGGACAAAGUAGCUGAUUGUCAGCUUGGAUGAAAACAAAGGGGUUUGUGAAGAUCCUGUUGGGGGGAGAACACGUGUCUUGUUUGAUUGUUUUGUUAAUGCUUGUGUCUCUUAACAGGUUUUGAGCCAAAGCAGUGUUGUAACAGAACAGGAAGCACAGCCGUUGCUGUCUUUAUACCAGCUGUCGCUUCAUUUAGUGAAUAAGUCUCUUGAAAGAUCUUAAAGAGAAAUGUUUUUUCUAGCUGCUGAAAAGGAAGUCAUGCUUAUUUAGUUUUAUCAAGCUGUCCUCGUGCAAACAACAAAGCAUAUCCCUUUUAAUUUAUGCUGAAGAAAUACUUUUUUAAGAAAGAGACUCAUCAGGUGUUUUUUUAUAAGUGUGUGCAUACAAUGUAAGAAACGUGUCUACGGAUCCUUUGGUUUUGGGUACAGUGGAAUGUACUGUAUUAGGAAUAAUUGAAAUUAAGUGCAUGUCUGACUUUUGCUGUGCAAAGCCAAUUAAAACAUGUAAAACCCGUGGUAAAUUUUCUGUACUUUAUGGAAAGGUGGUGGUUCCUCAAUGCACAUUUUCCACAUCUCAUUUGAAAAAGAAAACAAUGUUUGCAAGGCUUUUUAGUAGAGGGUGUUUCCAAACCUGGUCCUGGGUGUCCAGAGUGUCUGUUUAAAGCAGCGUCACCUGAAGAGCUGGGAGACGCUGGUGAAUUGAUCCAGUUGAUCCAUACUGUAAGUAUGGUAAAUCCCAUGCCUUUUCCCUCAAAUUAAAAUUCAAAUUUUCCAACACUAACGAUGUUCUAGACCUUAGUAACUUCACUUUCUAAUCCUUCUGCUUUCCGCCAACUUGCUCAUAAGUCUUUUAUUUGUAUGGAUAUACAAAUGGUGUGUAUCCCAGACGGGGCGCCAUCCGGACAUGUGGGCAAGAGAAUACGAUAGUUUCUGCAGGCUUUCCUUCCAGCCUGCCUCUUACCAGCCUAAAUCAGCUCAUCAUUGGUUUUUAUUGGGGAAAAACAUAAAGACUAAUGCAAAUGUAACAGAUCUACAGCCACAUUAGCCCUCCCAGGACCAGGACUGUCCCUUCUGUUCCAGAUAGCGGAAGGAUCUAUUGGGAGAGUUGAACUUGGAGUUUUUCCCUCAGACGUUUUGAUGAAGAUGUUAAACGUUCAGAAGCACUGUCUCCAGUGUAGAGCAGCCCAAGCAGUCCUGAUGGCCCAGUGUGCACAGUGACAGCUUGUUGAAGCUCCACUAUCUUUAUAAUCCAUUUGAAAGUUGAGCAAAAUGACUUUAAAUACGAUAAUAGGGCAGUAGUUUUAGCAAGGUAAACUUUCCUAAAGCAUGGUGUUGUGCCUUUAGUAUAUGUCUUAAUAAUGUUAGUAUUCUUAUUUUUCUAUGUCCAGCCUGUCAAAAUAAAAUCACUCUACCAAAGCAUCAACCAGCAAUCUCUGUCCAAUAUGGUUAUAUUGUUGAAAAAUCAGAAAUUGUGCCUCUUCUCUAUGUCAGCUAGGUGAGCUCUGGUGCUUCUUGGUGAAACACUUUGUGUUAUUAACAUAUUCAGCUGUCUUUACAGCUCAUGUUUGUUUUUAUACGGUUCAAUAAAACUUGGAUGAAAUCUUUUGUUUAGUUUUAUUAAACUAAAUUUAAAAUUUCA